AUGUCCGCCAAACCAGUCACCAUGACAACAUCCCAAGCCCAAAGCACCAUCCCGCCCACGACGCGCAACCAAAUCUACACAGCCCUGCUCUCGGGCGACGGCAUCCGCAACAUCGAAAGCACCAUGACGCACGAGCUGCAAGCGUCGGGCUUCAUGGACCAGCUCAAAGACUACAUUACCGAUUUAUUCCGCUCGGGCCAGGCCACCACCAUGGAGCAGGCGCGUACCAUGGCCAUGGAUAAGAUCAAGCAGCAGCAGCGUGGCGCGAAAUCAGCCAAUGGCGCGAAUGGGAGUGCGAGUGAGGCUGUGGAGUAUGAUCUCAAGGUUCCGCAGAAGGCGGUUGCGGCGGGCGCUAAGACGGUGCAGAGGGAGUUGGAGAAGGUGUGCGAUGUUACGGCUGAGGAUGAUAAGUGA